AUGAGCAGCGAACCCAAAGGCAGCACGCCAGGAUCAAUCAACCCUCUUACUCGAGUCAACACCUAUCCUCAAGCAGAGUUCACCAUUCCGCCUUUGGACACGCUAUCAUCAUGCCCAAGUGCCCCAACUCCAACCGCCAAUGCCCCGGCAUCAGCCAUCUCCAAGGAGAGUCACCCAAACAGCACUGCAACUGGAUAUGAAAAGCCUCGUCAGCCUCAUGAUGAGGAAACUCGAUCCAUCACCUCGACUGCUCACACCGAGGCGACCUAUCCAGAAGGCGGUCUAGGCGCCUGGUCCGUUGUUCUCGGAUCCUUUCUAGGCCUCAUUGCCUCGUUGGGUAUGAUGAACACGGUCGGCAUCUACCAUGCCUACAUUGCCGAGCACUUUCUGCAAGACUACAGCGAGUCGACCAUCUCGUGGAUCUUUAGCAUCUACGUGUUUCUGUCCUUCUUCUGUGGACUGCAAAUCGGCCCCAUAUUUGAUGCUCAUGGUCCACGACUUCUAGUGCUGGCUGGCAGCAUUCUGCUGUGUCUGUCAAAUUUUCUCCUCGGCAUAUGCACCUUGUACUGGCACUUCUUCCUCGUCUUUGGUGUUCUUGGAGGCCUUGGCACCUCGCUGAUCUUUACACCUGCUUUUGCAGCAAUCAGUCAUUUCUUUCUUCAGAAGCGAGGUAAUGCAACAGGUGUCGCUGCAGCUGGGGGUUCGUUGGGUGGCGUCAUCUUCCCACUGGCCCUGAAUAAGCUGUUACCUACAGUGGGGUUCCCAUGGGCUACUCGCGUCAUUGCCUUCAUCAUGCUCUUCUGCUGUAUCGGUGCCUGUAUCCUCAUCCGCUCGCGACUACCGCCAAAACCUGGACAGUCGGUGUGGCCCGAUUUUAGAAUCUUCAGUAACAAGAGCUACUUUCUUCUCACAGUAGGCAUCUUCAUGAUGGAAUGGGCGCUCUUCAUUCCAAUCACUUACCUCACGACCUUUGCGGUGAGUACUGGUGCGUUCAGCCCGUCCUUUUCGUACCAGCUGGCCGCCAUUUUCAACGCAGGAAGUUGCGUCGGUCGCUGGCUUCCGGGCUUGCUGGCCGACAAGUUGGGUCGGUUCAACAGCAUGAUUGCUGCAUUGGCAGUUUGCUCUGCCACAUCGUUGGUAUUCUGGCUCCCAGCAUCGCUUCUUACGCCCACUACUGAAUCUGCAGCUGCGGCCAUUAAAGGCCUGUCAAUUGUCUAUGCUGUCUUAUUCGGAUUCGCCUCUGGAUCCAACAUCUCCCUGACACCAGUAUGCGUGGGCCAGCUCUGCGAUACAAAUGUCUACGGACGGUAUUACGCUACCUGCUAUACUGUCGUGAGUUUCAGCACCCUCACUGGCAUACCCAUUGCGGGAGCAAUCAUUCAAACUACUGGCGGACACUACUGGGGCGUAGUGAUCUGGACUGCGGUCUGUUACAUUAUGGCUUCGCUCUGCUUCGUGUGGAGUCGAGCCUUGCAGGUCGGAUGGAAGCUGGGGGUGAAAUUCUAA